AUAAUAGCCAUGUCGCUUGUUUACACGUCAUUCAAAAUGGAGUCGAUGUUGCUUGAACCGACGCUCUACACGGUGAAAGCAAUCGCUAUUUUGGACAACGAUGGAAACAGGAUACUGGCUAAGUACUACGACAACACAUUUCCAUCGACUAAAGAACAGAAGGCAUUUGAGAAAAAUCUUUUCAACAAAACGCAUCGAGCUAAUGCUGAAAUAAUCAUGCUGGAAGGAUUGACGUGUGUCUACCGCAGCAACGUCGACUUGUUUUUCUACAUCAUGGGCAGCAGCCACGAGAAUGAACUGAUCCUGUGUAGUGUGCUGAACUGCCUGUAUGAUGCUGUCAACCAGAUCCUGAGGAAAAAUGUAGAGAAGAAAACGCUACUAGACAAUUUAGAUAUCAUCAUGCUCGCUGUGGACGAAAUUUGUGAUGGAGGUAUUAUCCUUGAGGCUGACCCAACAGCAGUGGUGCAGAAGGUAGCUCUUCGGACAGACGACAUUCCGCUUGGGGAACAGACAGUAGCUCAGGUGCUCCAGUCUGCCAAAGAACAGCUGAAGUGGUCUUUACUGAAGUAAUGUAUUCAUGCUUUGUGUAAAUGGGGAUCAAGUUGUACAGAACAGUGCGCUAAAUAAAUAUGCUUUCUUACACGA